GCGGCCGCAGUGCAUGGUGGGAUUGUGGCGAGCGCACACGGCUCCUCCCCACGUGUUUGCCUGCAGCGCUGUGAUGAUCAUCAUGGCAGCAGCAGAGACAGCUCGUCUCCUCCACACACAGAGCUGAAGAGGCUCGAGCGUCUCGGACUGAGUGAAGAGGUCGAGCACGAGCGGCGGUCAGCCACAGGUUUGAAGUCUUCCAGCAGUGGUUUCUUCAUCUGUCUUCAUUAUGGCCAGCGGAGACGAUGACGAUCCAAUCAUACAAGAGAUUGACGUGUAUCUGGCCAGAAGUCUCGUGGAAAAGCUGUAUUUGUUCCAGUAUCCGGUGCGUCCUGCAACCAUGAGCUACAAUAAUGCGACUCAUCUGGCGGCCAGAAUUAAACCCAAGCAGCAGAAAGUUGAACUUGAGGUUGCGAUGGAUACCAUGAGUCCGAACUACUGCCGCAGUAAAGGGGAGCAGAUCGCCCUCAAUGUGGACGGCACGUCCUCCGAAGACACCAACGUUUAUUCGACGAAAAUGAUGGACAAGCAAACGUUCUCAUCAAUCCAGGCAACCACGAACACGUCCCGCUACGCUGCAGCCGUGUUCCACAAAGGAGAGCUUCAUCUCACGCCGCUGCAAGGAAUCCUGCAGAUGAGACCGAGCUUCACAUACUUGGAUAAAGCUGAUACUAAACACAGAGAAAGAGAGGCGGCCAAUGAAGCUGGAGACUCUUCUCAGGAUGAAGCAGAAGAAGACGUUAAACAAAUCACUGUGAGGUUUUCCCGCCCGGAGUCAGAGCAGGCCCGCCAGCGCCGUAUCCAGUCGUACGAGUUCCUGCAGAAGAAACAGGCUGAAGAGCCCUGGGUUCACCUGCACUACCACGGUCUGAAGGACGGCCGUUCUGAGCAUGAGCGCCAGUAUCUUUACUGCCAGGCCAUGGACACCACAGAAAACACAGAGCUGGUGAAAACACCACGUGAAUAUCUGUCCAUGCUCAUGCCGCCUCUGGCUGAAGAAAAAGUCGUGAAGCCCAUGGGUCCCAGUAACGUUCUCUCCAUGGCUCAACUCCGCACCCUGCCUCUGGGUGAUCAGGUCAAGACGCUGAUGAAGAACGUCAAGGUAAUGCCGUUUGCCAAUCUGAUGGGGCUGCUGGCGUCAGGGACGGACUCCACCUCCGUGCUGCGAUGCAUACAGCAGGUGGCGCUGCUGGUCCAGGGCAACUGGGUCGUGAAGAGUGACGUGCUGUAUCCCAAGAACACCUGCAGUUCACACAGCGGCGUUCCUGCUGAAGUGCUCUGUCGCGGCCGAGACUUUGUGAUGUGGAGAUUCACUCUAGAGCGAACCCUGAUGAGAAAAGAGGUCACUGCCAUCAUAAAGCUUCCUCCGGAGGACGUGAAGGACUUCCUGGAGCAGAUGUCCGUCCCUCGAUUAAACCGAGGCUGGGAGUUCCUGUUGCCCACAGAUCAUGAUUUUGUCAGAAAGCAUCCUGAUGUGGCUCAGCGGCAGCACAUGCUUUGGCUGGGCAUUCAGUCCAAGUUGGAAAAAGUGUUCAACUUCUCCAAAGAUGACUUUGUGCCUAAAAAGGAUGUUCAGAUGGAUCCGGUUCACGUCAGCGGAGACCAGCGACUCAAAGCGGCCAGAGAGAACGCGAGGGAAAGCCACACCGUCCUGCAGAGAGAGCUGGACGCUCGCAGACUGAAGGCGUCGCGACCCCUGGGCUCCUCCGGUGAAGCCUGUGCUCCGGUGCGGGUCAAACAAGAGCCCAUGAGUGACUCUGAGGAGCCCAUGGACACGUCAGGCCCGCUCCUGAACGGCUCCAUCAAUGGUUACCCUAACUCUACCUCUCCGGACUCGGACCCUCAUAACGGACACGGGGCCGGUCACGCUUUCACCCCUGAGCUGCAGGAGUUUGUGCAGAGCACCUUCAGAAAGCAUUACGUUCUGUGCCUGAGCGAAGUGAAGCGGCUGUUUAACCUGCAUCUGGCCAGCUUACCCACAGGUCACUCCGCGUACGGACAUGUGACCGACCGCAUGCUGCAGGACACCAUCCUCCAGAGCCAGUGUAAACAGAUCCUGGUGCCUUUUCCUCCUCAGAGCGGUGCCACGGCGGACGAGCAGAAGGUCUUCGGUCUGUGGGAGAGCGGAGAAACCUUUGACAAGCACCGGCAGGUUCUGUUCGAGAUCUUCAUGAAGAACUAUCGCGUCAGAAGAAACGUGAUCCAGACGCGCCUCACACAGGAACUCGGUGACGCCGUCACCAAAACCGACGUGGACCGACUGCUCAAGGAGUGCUGCGUGAGUUUGGGAGGGAUGUGGUAUCUGAAGGGAACAGUUCACUCCUGACGGAAGAGCCGGAGCGCUGGGAUCCCGUCAAUCAGCUCGUCUGCCUCAGGAGGCGGAGCAAAAACACAUGAACCAAUCACGGCCCUCGGCUGACCGGGGCGGGAGGAGCAUCUGCAUACGUUAACCCUUCUGACUCACACGAGCGUCUCCGGAAAAGGGCUGAAGAUCGAUUUAAUUCUGCCAUGUAAGCGUAAGGAACAGAGUCGUUGGCCGAACGCACACUCAGACUAUCAGUUAUUCUGCUUUUCUUUUGGUUUCUUUUGUAUAAUUUAAUAUGAAAGUAGUUGUUUCGAAUAAAGAUGAUAGGAGAUCAUGGUUCAACUCAUUUUAUCCUGCUUGUGGCCUUUGGGAGCUUAUCGUCAUAUUUUGGCCUUGUUUAGCUCAUAUAACUGACUGAAAAAAGAUGUUUGGUUUAAUAAUUCCCUUUUGGUUUUAUUGAAUAUUGGGUUUUUUGUUCUUUCCCCUUGUGUAUAAACAUGACUUCACUGUAACCCAAAGAAUCAGGCCGCAGGAUUUGAAGGGCAUCAGGUCACAAUAAAUACUCUGAUUUUCUGACUUUGUCAAAUAUUAAUUUCUUAUUGGGUCGAAUGAAGGCCUCGUGGUUCACUUUAUAUUCUCUGAAAUGUUUACAGCUCUUACAACCAAAAAAAUGGGAUAAAACAUGCAGACAUUGUGGUUUCUGGAGCAGUUUAGAUCAAUUCUAAACAACAAACAAUAAAAAGCUAAUAUAUAAAUCAAUGUUAAUGCCAUCUUAUGACCUGAAGGUAGAUUCUCAGUGAAGUUUGGAGAAGCAAAUUCAUAUUUUCAGCCUUCUGAUUAAAUGAGAAAACAAUGUAUACAUUAUUUCUUGUGAAAAUGAACAGUUACACUAUUUUUUCCCUCGUUCUGCGAGUGAAUCAGAGGUUUUGUCAGCUACAUUUCAACGGUUAAAGUGGUGUGAAAGAAAGUGCCUCUUAAUUAUUCAGGGGAAAUACUGCAUCAAUCGUACGAUUAUGACUGAAAUCACCUUCACCUGCGUCUGUAACUACACAUCUGUGUCUCUUCCACAGCUGGAUACGAAGCGUUCACUGACACGUCUGUUUAAGCAUUCCACAUGUUCAGAUCAUUGUUGCCAAUCUGUGCGGUCACAAACCCCAAAAUCAGCCGGUUUUUAUUUGUAUGUCAUUCUGAAUAAACGUUGCAACUGAAA